AUGGAGUUGCACGCCUCCGGCGGGAAGAUCAACAGAAUCAUCGGUAGGUUGUUCGAUGGUGCCAUCAAUGAACCCGAGUUUGUUUUUCGCUUGAAGGGCCAUGGUGAUAGCACGACUCCAUGUUGGAAAGUUGUCACCAGCUUAUCGCCGCUUCCACAUUUGACGGCAUCUGUCUCUGCCAUGCUUCUGAUCUCCAAGGUUUCUGAUGCUUCUUAUGCUUUACCGCGAUGGUGGUGGCUGUCCGAUAGCGAGCUCUAUCAAUACUGGAAAGACGAUUACUUAUUUAACGCAGCAUGGGCUACUCGCGUGCUAUCGAUCUUCCUGGUGUUGGCUACCGCCACAAUAGUGGCACGGUGGUGGCGAUGGUCAAGGAGGGAGAGAUCGCCACUGCCUCCAGGGCCACGAGGCCUGCCGAUGCUGGGAAACCUCCCCUUCAUCGGUACCGAGCUUCACCGCAGUUUCGCCAAGUUUGCUGAGACCUAUGGUCCCAUUAUGAAACUCCGAUUAGGCAGCAAGCUCUGUAUUGUGGUGACGUCACCGUCACUUGCAAAGGAGGUCUUCAAAGAUCAAGACACAGUAUUUGCCAACCACGACCUGAUAGCGGUGGCGGCUAUUGCCACUUACGGGGGUGUUGAUAUGGUAUAUUCACCAUACGGUGACCAUUGGCGGAUGCUCCGUAAGAUCUGUGUCUCGGAGAUGCUAAACGACAAGAGGCUCGAAGCUCUGUAUGGUCUCCGACGGAGAGAGGUCCACCACAUGGUGAGCCAAAUCUAUUUCGAGGCUGGUUCCCCGGUCGAUGUUGGGGAGAAGAUGUUUCUCACCACAUUCAAUAUCAUAACCAGCAUGUUAUGGGGUGAUACACUUGAAGGGGAGGAAGGGCGGCGCACCACUGUCGAGGUUCGUCGAGUAAUGGACAGAGUUGUGAAGCUUUUGGGAGAGCCAAAUAUUUCGGAUCUAUUUCCGGCGGUGGCGUGGCUUGAUAUCCAAGGUACUGCGCGGCGGAUGAAGAAGGCGAUUUCGUGGUUCGAUCGGAUGUUGGAUUCCGUCAUCGAAGAACGAUUAAAAAGAGAUCGAGAAAGAGAAAGAGGUAGCGAGCGACGGGAAGGGGAUGAAGAUGGUAAACAAGCCAAGGAUCUCCUGCAGGUCUUACUACAGCAGCUCAACCUUGAUCUCAAGGACAAGGAAGGAUCUCCUGGCCUUACCAUCUCCCACAUCAAGGCCUUGUUCUUGGACAUAAUGGUGGCUGGAACUGAAUCAACAUCGAGCGUAGUGGAGUGGGCAGUGGCUGAGCUACUGAAACACCCACAUAUAAUGAAGAAAGCUGAAGAAGAGCUAGAAGAGGUAGUGGGGUUGAACAAUAUGGUGGAAGAGUCUCAUUUGCCUAAAUUGCAUUACCUACAUGGAGUGGUGAAGGAAGUCCUGCGUCUUCACCCACCUGCUCCUUUCUUGGUUCCUCGAUGCCCAAGUGCAUCCUGCACCGUAGGCGGCUUUAUGGUUCCAAAGGGCUCCAAAGUUAUAGUGAAUGCAUGGGCAAUACAGAGAGAUCCUAUGUCUUGGGAUAACCCCUUGGAGUUCCAGCCGGAGAGGUUCUUGAAAUCGGGUGGUGAUGAAUAUGAAUUUAGUGGCAAAGAUUUUCGAUAUAUUCCAUUUGGAUCGGGAAGAAGGAUUUGUGUAGGAAUACCUAUGGCUGAAAGAAUGGUACCAUAUCUAUUGGCAUCGGCUUUGCAUUCAUUCCAUUGGAAAGUGCCAAAUGGUGUGGAACUUGAUAUGUCAGAUAAGUUUGGUAUGGAAUUAAAGAAGGCAACACCCCUUGUUGCGAUCCCAUCACCUAGGUUAUCUGACCUCACACUCUACAAUUGA